ACGACAUUUUCCACGUGAGCUUCUUCAGCUGAGCGCUGCAAAGAUGAAAGGCUGGGGUUGGUUUAAAACGUUCACAUAUUGCAUGUUCUUCUAGCUACAAAUGUCACGGUUGUCUCUCAUAUGGAUUUAAUGGUCGUUACACUUUGGCGAUCGUAAAAACGGAUGAAGAAAAUACAGAAAACUACCGGUGGAUAAUGGAGCUACACAAACACUUCUGAUGAGACAUAUAGGCGCUGAUUUAACGCAGCGAUGAUCUUAUUCGUGCCAUUCAUUGUCACACUGUGUGUUUUUAUAAACAUGUUUGUGAUGAAUAACAUCUGAUCGUGAUAUCACGCCGUGCAUUUGUACACGAGUGUGUUCAAAGAAGUAGAGUGCGGGAAUGCAUCAGUGCGGGGGUGUCUGUCUGUCCUCUCACUGCAGUCUCACAAAAACAUGUGCAUCAUAUCUCACUGCCAUUAUAUGAUCAGUCAUGUUACUUCAUUGUUUACAGGGGGUGGAAGAUGGAAACCUUGGAGAAAUUGAGCAAAGACUUAAAGGCAUCACAUCAGCCGGAUAAGAUCGAGCAUUCCAGACAAAAUGGCAUGAUUGCCAAAAAUCUGCUCAACUCUCUCAAGAUUCGCAAUCGUUUGCAGCUGCAACCCAUUUCUCGUUCAGCAUGUGCCACUGGCUCCUGUCCGGAUCUGAUGAGUAGGAACGAGCAGCCUGACCCCCGGCCGCUUGCCAUGGCCCUCACACCCCAGCUGCCCCCCAGGACCCAUCGGCCCCUGUGUCUCUCUGUGUCCUCCGACAGCAAUGGACGCUUUAAAGCUUUGGAGACCCAGGAGUGGAAGAACAACCUCAAAGCUCAGAUGGAACAGGCCCACAGUGCCGGCGCUGCCAGCAGCACAGGUUCCCUAGAGAGAGCGUCGCUCUUUUGCGCUUCAGGUUCCACGACUGCUUCCAGCUCUGGCCUCUCCAGUCCAGUGGAGCAUCUCACCAAGAGCAAGUCUUCAAGUCGCUUCUCUCUCUUCUCCCCUCCAUGGAACAGCAGCUCCGAAUCCGACUCCAACCCUCCCUCCCGCUCCGGAUCCAAGAAAAUGCGUAACUACAGCCGCAGGGCAGUUCCCUGCGGAGCAAAGACGGGCCCCGAGACCCCAGAACCCAAGCAGAACAUCUCUGAGCACUUCCAGUACUCAGAACCAGUCAUAUCCAAAGUCACAGAUUGCAUUUAUGUUGGAAACCUGAACGCGGCUUACAGCGGACGCACGUUGUGCCGUAACAACAUCGACAGCAUCAUCGACAUGAGCAGUCUUCCCGGGGAGACUUGUCUGAGACUUAUUCCCUGCACUUGUUCGAGAGGGGUGAAGCACAGCUGGUCUCGACUCAAAGUGGACAUGAGCGAUCUGCCGGACGCCGUCCAGGAAGGCCUGGCUCUCAAACACCGCUGCUUCGAGGACAUCAACGAAUGCAUCGACGCCUCCACGGAAAAGAGGAAGCGCGUGUUGGUGCAUUGUCGUGACGGGUUUUCGCUCGCCCCCACCUGCAUUAUUCAGUACCUCAUGGUCAAACAAAACAUGAAGCUCAUCGCCGCCUACGAGCUGCUCAGAGCCAAACACCCCGUCAACAUUCGCGAGUCCCAUCAGAACGUUCUGGUGAGUCUGGAAAGAGCUCUCAGACCGGGUGGCAACACGGACCCAGAGUGCUUUAAACAGGCCAUAUCACGGAAAGUGGCCUGGUCCUGAUGGAACGUACGCUGGGGAACCACAGUUUUGUACUUGGUGUUUUUAUUUCGUUGAACGGUGAAAGGCAGCUUUUGUUUGUGGUUGAACUAAAUCGUUUACUAAAGUAAAAAUGAUGUCAUUUACAUUUACCCUCAUGAUUUUGCACUCCUAUAACUGAACAUUAACAUUUUGAAGAAAGGAGGAAUUUUGAAGAAAGUAAUGAUAUUUGUUUUCCAGUUAAAAAGAGUGAAGAGUUUGGAAAGCUUUAGAAAGUAUUCAGAAGCAUUCAUUUUUGUCUUGUUUUCGUAAAAUCACAAAUAGGGCUGUCCAACAAUUAUUCGCCACUAAUCGUAUGCAAAAUAAAUGUUUAUUUUAUAAUACAUGUUCGUGUACUGUGUAUGAUAAUUGUGUAUAUAUAAAUACACGCACAUACAUGUAUAUAUUUAAUAAAUAUUUACAUGUAAAUACAUUUUAUAGCUAUAUAUAACUUCUAUAUAACCUCUUAUAUAAGCGCCCCUAUUUUUGAGCAUUUUAUUGAUUUCAAAAACAAGUUGUUAUACACAUGUAUUAUUUGAACACAAACCUUUAUUUUGCAUACGAUUAGUCACGAAUAAUCGUUUGACAGGCGUAAUUGCAAAUAAAUAGAAAAGACCAGUACAUUCUUAAAAAAAAUCUGUCUCUUACGAAAAAAAUGUCAUAUGAGUUUGGAACAUACAGUUUUCAUUUUUGUGUGAGCUGUUGCUUUUAAAUUGAACUGGAUGUCAAGGUGUGCGAGUACUAACUGUGAAAAUAAGCUAUUCAGUGGCCAUUAUAGAAAACAUAGCUGGACAUUUUCAUUAAUUCGUUUUGCUUCUAUUGAACUGAAGAAAACAAACUAACACAGAGAUGCUUUAUGCAGCUGCUAAACAAUGGGAUGUGUCUGGGAAUAUAAUUUUUGGUAACGCUUCACAAUAAGGUUGGAUUUGUUAACAUAAGUAAAUGCAUUAACACUAGAACCGCCAGAGUUCGCUGUAUAUCUAAAACCGCCAGCGGGUAAAAUUUACCCAUGCACAUGAAUAUUUUGUUGAUAUGGCUAAAAAACUUAUUAUGUCACUGUUUUAUGUGACUGUCAUCACAAAAUAAUGUCUAGAGACAUGAAAUUAUAAUUUUUAGUUAUCCGCUAUGUUUUUGUGCUGUUGACUUUUUUAUGUAAAGUAAGAAAAUCACUUUUCUUAGCGGUAUAAUAAUUGGUGCAACGAUAAAUUCAAACAACAGUUUCACCUAAAUAAAUAUGAAUUUGUUUAGUUAUAUCAUUUAUAAGUCGGACAAGAGAACAAAACAUGGGGUAAUCAUAAACAUAAAGACAGGACGUACAUUUGACCCGAUGGCGCUUAUUGGUAUAAAAGCCCUGCAUUUUAAUCUGGUUUUAUCUAAACAAUUUUUAACAACGGGAUUGUAAAUAACACAAUUUUAGUAAAAGUCAAUGACUGGGAGACUUGGAUAUUUUAUUAAUAAUCUGUUAUGUACAUUUGAAAAACAUCCACGGGUAAAUUUUACCCUGUGGCGGAUCUAGUGUUAACUAACAUGAACUAACAAUGAGCAAUAUUAUUUUUCUGCGUUUAUUUAUCUUUGUUAAAAUCAAUACAGUUAUUCAGGUUACUUCAUGGUGCAUGACUUACGUUUGAUAAAAAAACAUUUUAUUAAAUGAUGAAAUUAACAUGAACUAAUAUGAAUAAAUGUUGUAGAAGUAUUGUUCAUUGUUAGUUGGUAUUAGCUAACGCAUUAACUAAUGUUAACAAAUACAACCAUAUCGUGAAGUGUUGUUUUAAUGUACAGCAGUACCGAAUUAUGCUAAGGAAAUUUCGUGAAGAGCUCUCAGGAGACCAAAUGAUGUCACGUUUGAAUGCAAAACACCACUACUGAAACUGAAACAUCAACCUUGAAGACACAAAAAUCACAGUUCUCAUAACAGAUUGAGAUGUCGACAUGAUGUCGCCUUCGUUGGGCUCCUUAUUCAUUGGCAACUGGUGAUAUAAUUUUUCUCUGCGUUUAACCAGGGUGGAAAAGAUAAACAGAGUAGUCCUCUGUGAGGAAUUAUUUCAUUUACUACGUGUCUUUUACAUUUGCGGAGUGUCUUUUUCAAUGUAAUAUUCAAUUAUCCAUUUCAGUGCUUGGAAAAAUGUGAAUUUUGUGAUUGUGUAAGCAUUGACACACCCCACUUUUAACUUUUAUGGAGUGUUGGUAUUUGAAUUCUGAAUUGUGGAGCAGUGCUGAAUUGCAGGUUUAAAAUUGCACUAACCACAAAGAAAAUGCACAUGGCAGUAGUUUAAGUUUUUUCACACGUAUCUUAUUUUGAUUUAACGUUGCGCAGUGAACAUAGAUCAGAUUAUUUUUUGAUGACGGUAAUGUUUAUGCUUGGCUAUAAUGAUUGUUGUUCAUGGUUUCUAUAGUAUUUUUUUUUGGUUAGCUGUUUAGAAAAAUUUAACAACCCAGCUAGCACACGAAUGUCACCAAGAGAUUAACUUUUUUUAAAAUUUCGUUUACACUCAGACAAGAUACAUUUUUAUAGGCUAGCUAAUCAGAAAUAUGCGGUGGCGAUAAUACCUGGUGUGUUUUACCCCCGGCGUGUGUUUUGAUGUUAGAUCGCUAACGUUAUAAUCAACGGAAAUGUCUACGAAAGUUAAACAUUGAGUUUUCAACUAUAAAACUUAAUUGUUUACUUUUGCUGCUUGCUUCCAGUGCAUUGUAAUGAAACAUGAAAUAAUUCACAGGACUACGUUAAUGAUUUCGAAGAAUGUAAAUUUGCUAAUUUGAAGAUAUUUACAGAUUUUUGCCCACAAAUAGUUUUUGUCUACAAUUUUUUUUAAAUUUCCAUAUUAUGCACAUUUUUAUUGCCGUUAUAAGUGACGUGCGUGUGCUCGCUGGUUCUUUAAUAUUCGACUGGUAAGCAGUGAUCAUUAUGUUUGGAUAUUUAGUGGUUUGGUGUGGAAAGAACCUCCUUUUGGUUUUGGUGCCUUUUGUUUGAACUCGUCCAGUGUGAUUAUUGUGACAUUCACACGCACACACUGUAUGCACUCAUCAGGUAUGAACAAAAUGUCGUCUUAAUGCUUUGACAUGUUCAGGAAAUGCUUCAUGUUGGUGUAAUUUUGUGACGUGUGGCAGAGAUCAGGUCCAUCUGAAUAAUUCUUGUAUAAAGGUCCAUUACAGUGCUCGCAGUGAACAGUGCCUGUAUUUCAUCUGGCGUGAUGGUGAUGUCAAUCAAUGUAAUCAUGACCUCUCUUCUACAGGCCUGCUAUUGGCUUCAGAUAUUAGCAAAGCUAUAUUUAGGUUCAAAUGGAACAUUUACUGUGGCUUUACUAUAUUCAUUACACUGUAAAAAAUUCACUCCUCAAGCUUUCUAGUGACCUGUUGCAUUUAACUUUUUCAAUAGAUGCAACAAAUCACUUGAAAAUGUUGGGCUCUGUUUUUUUACAGUGUAGCCUAUUUAAAUAUAUUUUUGGAUGGUUGGUCUCGCCCUGUAAAGGUCUAACAAAAUAAACUCUCAGGUUAACUUAUUGGCCUAGAAAACAUUCUCAAAUAGGUAGAAAGCAGAAUAAUGUGAGACGAUGUAUUUUCCCUAUCACGUUUUGGAGUACAAUGCAUUUGAAUAUGUUGAUAUUAAAGAGAAACUGAUGCACUGAUCAUUUUUAAUGUUUGUUUUUCUUGAGGUAACUAUUACUUCAUUUUUUAUAUCUAAAGCUUUCAACCAAUUUCUAGAAGGUUUAAAAAGGUGUCCCGCUCUAUUUGUCCUCCAUUAUUUGGGCAAACUAUAUAGUCCUGCCACAAACCACUGGAAUUGUGUUUACAGAAAAUAUGACUAUUAUAGACAAAGUUUUUUAGGACUUCAAAGUGAUAUCUGUUAGACAGUUUUUUUGUGUUGUUGCAAAUACAUUUUUUACAGCAGGUGUUAUACUAAAUUGCAAUGAAAUUCUUGUAAACCAUUGUAUAUCCGCACAUGCAAGAGGCC